AUGGAAAAUCCCAAUGCACCCGAAAAUGCCAACUCCCAGGCUCACACGGACGAGGAGAGUCCUCUGUUGCCGGCCAACUCAGAAUCCAAAGUCAAGGCGCUAACGGGUGUUUGGACCAUCGUUGCCGUUCUGCUGCUUGGCGAGUUCAUCUCGAAUGCCGAUGCCACUCUGGUGAUGGCCGCUGCCGGCCGCAUAUCCUCCGAGUUCAAUCGCUUGCGCGAUGCGAACUGGUUGUCCACCGGGUAUACACUCGGUCUCUGCGCCGCCCAACCCAUGUAUGGAAAAUUGAGCGAUAUAUACGGCCGCAAACCCCUUCUGCUGGUCUCGUACCUUCUCUUCGCCGUGGGGUGUAUCAUCUGUGGCAUCGCACCACACAUGUGGGGGGUCAUUCUCGGCCGCAUCGUCAGUGGAAUGGGGGGCGCUGGGACAAUGACCAUCAGCGCAGUGAUCAUCACCGAUAUCGUUCCCAAGCGGGAGGUCGCAACCUGGCGAGCCUAUGUCAAUAUCUCGAUGACUCUGGGUCGCAGCAUCGGAGGCCCUCUGGGCGGUUGGCUCAGCGACACGAUUGGAUGGAGAUGGCUGUUUAUCUUGCAGGCUCCGUUUGUGGCACUUGCGGCACUUCUGGUAGUCGUCAAACUUCAAGUCGCGCAGUCGACGGCCGACGGGGCCAAGGAGAGUGCCGCGUCAAGAGUGCGCCACGUCGACUUCAACUUUGCGUGGCGCUCGUGGUGGGCAGUGAUGAUGGGAGGUGGAGGAACGGCCUUGCUGGUGGCUUUUGUCCUGGUUGAAGCCUACCUGGCACGGGAGCCCAUCUUCAACUUGCGCAUUCUUCGUCGGCCCAACGUGCCCAUCAGCUAUCUGAUUAUAUCGUUGCAGAUUAUGGCGCAGGUCGGCAUGAUGUUCUCCGUCCCGCUAUAUUUUCAGGUCACUCAACGAUCCUCAGCCGCCAUGGCCGGGAUUCACGUAGUCCCUGCGGUGGUGGGAAACACCCUAGGGGGACUUCUGGCGGGAGUUUUCAUCCGGCGCACUGGUCACUACAAGAUUUUGCUGGUUCUAGCAGGUUUGAUCGCCUCCAUCACUUACUCGCUGCAGUAUCUCCGGUGGAACGGUCAAACCGGGCUCUGGGGGUCACUAUACAUUCUCCCAGGUGGCAUGGGAACCGGAAUAGCAUCUGCCUCGGCCUUUGUCGCUAUGACAACCCUUCUGCAACCUGAAGAGGUGGCUAUGGCAACUUCGGGGUUUAUGUUGUUGUUGAGCUUCGCCAUGACGGCAGGCGUCACUACCGAAAACUCGGUCCUGGGCUUCUUUUUCCAGCAAAAACUUCACCAAAACCUCAAUGGCCCAGGUUCUGAAAAUGUGAUCCAACGUGCUAUGGCCGAUUCCGAAUACAUUGCCCAUCUCAGUGGUCGUCUCCGAGAUAUUGUUGUAGGCUGCUAUAUCUCAGGCCUCCAACACGCCUACUUGGUCUCCCUCUCGUGCUCUUUGGUUGCCUCUUUCCUGGGGCUGUUUAUCCAGCAUCACCAGCUAUAG